AUGGCAGAACUUAUUGCCUCACAGUCUCGCAGUCUACUCGACCUGCCGCCAGAAAUAUGGUCGCACAUCGGUAGAUUCGCAGUUGAUGAAGCUCCGACUCUCAGCACAUGGGUUCUGCGAGACAUACAAGACUGUCGCACCAUACGAGCGAGGAGUGCAGUGAUCAAGUCAACAGAACAGCCUCCCAUCACCCGCACUUGUCGCGCCUUGCGUGAUGAGCUCCUUCCAUUCUACUACAGAUCCAAGAUCAACAUCCAGCUCGAGGCACUUGGCAUCCCUUGGGUCGUUCUUCGCCCGACUCCGGACUAUCGCCUCCUGGUUGCUUGGCUGUGGGCGAUAGGCAAGGACAAUCGACGGAACGUCCGAGGCGUGUGUCGCAGGUUCAUCACCCGAGGGCCUUAUGCAUCCACGCAUAUGGAGGUUCUGAAGGAGAGACUACUCGAGGCCAUGGGCGAGCAAUGGCAGAUUGAGGCUGAGCUGGUGGAGGUGAAGGUGGAGCACAGUACCGUUCAGUACAUGGUCAAGUUUCUUUGA